UUGUUCGAGCCCUAUCAGUUCGAAGCAGCAGGGUAGGAUAGGGCGGAGCCGCCGGUGACCCCGGCGGUGGCGGUGGCGGCAGCAGAGGGGGGCCGCGAGGAUGGCCGCUGGGACGAGGAGGCAGAGCCGAUGACCCCGGCGGUGGCGGCGGUAGAGGGGGUCGGCGAUGAUGGCCGAUGGGACGAGGAGGCGGAGCCAAUGACCCCGGCGGUGGCAGCGGAGGGGUCCCAGGGGCUCUAGGACCGAUGGCUGAUGCAGCCGUGGUUCCUCGCUGUCAAGAGCUAGAUCGAGCGCACGGCCUUUUGGAAAAUUGGACGAAUGGGCGUCCAAGAGGCACUCCUUGCCGGAUCACGCUGCUGCUGGCGUAAUCCAGGCCGGAUCUGUGGAGAGCCCGGCGCAGCACCGUCUACAGAUCCAUAUCUCUUACAGUCUUACUCUACCUUAUUCCUUGUAUUUGGCAAUGUUGGCUCUUGGGCUGCCCAAUUGAUAACUGAAGCUGGUGGCAAGGUGGUCUCCAUCAGAGAUGUCACAGGGGCUGUCAAGAACUCCAAUGGCGUUGACAUAGCCAAGCUGAUGAAGCACUCGGCAAAGAACCGCGGGAUCAAGGGCUCCGACAAAAGGCGACGCCGUCGACCCGACCUCGCUGCUCACGGAAGAGUGCGACGUGCUCAUCCCGGCAGCUCUGGGACAAUGUUGAUGCCAUCAAAGCAAAGUACAUCAUCGAAGCUGCUAACCACCCAACAGACCCCAAGGCCGAAGAGAUUCUGGCAAAGAAGGACGUGCUGAUCCUACCGGACAUACUGGCCAACUCCGGCGGAGUGAUGGUGAGCUACUUCGAGUGGGUGCAGAAUCUCCAGGGGUUCAUGUGGGACGAGGAGAAGGUGAAUCGGGAGCUCAAGACGUACAUGACCCGCGCCUCAAACAUGUUCUGAUUAUUUAGGCAGUGUAUGGUGCCGUAUAAAAUGGACAGUAAUUAUGUAUAGUAUAUCUUUGAAAACCAGAAUUGGCUCAAUUUGGAACAAUGCCUGCUUUAUAUGAAUUUCUUGCCCGCUUUGCACGCAUUGCUAUAAGUGCAUUACCAUACCUCAGCCAUAAUCAUCCUUGAAAAAUAUGGCAAUCACCUUUAGUAUGGAACAGAAGAAGCAUGCACAACCUAUUUUGUCAAUGAGCAAGUUUAGCAUAUGUUUGUACAUUGCUGAUCUAGUUAGUAAGCAGAACUCUGUUAUAGUAAAACUAGCUAGAGGAUCACCGCGCCACACGUUGUCACAACUUCAGUUUCUGGAAUGGUAUGGUUGAUGGCACUAGCCCCUCCUCAAGAUGGAGGUCAUGGGUUUGCAGGGGGCAUACUGGAGAUUUUCAGAUUUAAUUGUUUGAAUGUAUCUUUAUUUCAUUUCAGAUUGUGUCAAGUCUUGUGUACUACUCCCUCUGCUCCAUCGGUUCACAAUUAUAAGAUGUUUCUAACUUAUAUUUGUGUCUGCUCCAUCCAUUUAUAAGAUGUUUCAAACUUAUAUUUGUGUCUGCUCCAUCCGUUUAUAAGAUGUUUCUAACUUCUAUUUGUGAACGGAGGGGUACUAAAUAUGAGCUUCUAUCUACAAACUUU